AUGGCUACUGCUGCUUCGAAACCAGCCUCCAAGCCCAAACCCCGGAGGCCAGCUGUCUGCAUCAUUUGCCAGGGGCCCUUCAAAACUCCUGUCAUUAUUGAUGGCUACAAAUUGUGUCGUUUCUGUUUCUCUAACAUUAAGAAGGAAGCUAUUGCAAAUGGACCUUCACCAAAAGAUGACAGGAAGGCAAAAAGGGAAGCAGACAGAAAGGGGGCGAAAGGAGCUAGGAAGAAGGAGGAGGAGGAGAGACUUUGUGAGGAGCACAAAGAAGAACUAACAUGGUUUUGCAGGAAGGAGGCGGCUCUCAUUUGUGAGGUCUGCAAGGCAUCCAAUAUUCAUGCAUCUCACUUAGUGGUGCCCAUUGAAGAUGCUGCCCAGGAGUACAAGGGGAAACUACAGCAUGCUGUAUAUUUGCUCACACAACACCUUGAAGAGUCUCGGAAGCAGAAAUCUGAGGAAGGAAAGAAAACGGCUGCGUGGAAGGCAGGUGCCAUGUUUGCAAGCCUCCAAGGAUUUGCUGCUCUUAAUAAGGUGCACAGCCAGAAAGAGCGAAUUGAGAAUGAGUUUGAGAAGCUGUACAACUUCCUGGCUGAGGAAGAGAAGAGAUUCCUGCAGAGGCUGAAGAAAGAGGAGCGAGAGACCCUGAAGAGGCUGCAUGGGAAUUUAACACAGCUCUCGAAGCAAAGCUCCUCGCUGGAGCAGCUGGUUGCAGAGGUCAAGGAAAAAAGCCAGCAGUCGCCUGUUGGACUUUUGAAGGACGUGGAAGAUGCAUUACAAAGGAGUGAUAACAUAACCCUGUUUGAACCAGAAGUUGUUCCUACUGAACUGAAGAACAUAUACAACAUUCCUUGCAUCGACAUUAUUCAGAUCUUAACAAAAUUCAAGGUGGACGUGUCCCUAGAUCCAGCCACAGCUCAUCCGAGCCUUAUCCUCUCUGAAGACAGGAAGAGUGUGAAAUAUGGAGGAUCCUCCUGGCCGAAGCUGCCUAUGGAAGAUGACAAUGCAGAGAGAUUUGACACUUACGUCAUAGUCCUGGGCUCUGAGCGGUUCACCUCAGGGAGGCGCUACUGGGAGGUGGAGAUGGGGGACAGCACAGAAUGGGACCUGGGGGUUUGUAGAGAAUCUGUGAGUAGGAAGGGGCAGGCAGUCCUAUUCUCCCCUCUAAGUGGGUUCUGGAGGCUGUGGCUUCGGAAUGGAGACCACUACAAGGCCUUGAUUUCCCGCCCUACGCUACUCCCAAUGAACACCAAGCCAAGGAGGGUGGGGAUUUUUCUGGAUUAUUUUGAAGGCGAGGUUUCAUUUUACAAUGUGACAGAGAAAACCCACAUUUACACAUAUACUGGGACAUUCUAUGGCCCCUUGCGGCCUUUCUUUAGCCCCAGCCGCCGUAAGAAAGGGGAGAAUGCUUCCCCCUUGUCUAUUUGCCCAGGCCCAACGGGUGAUACAACCAGAAUUAAGAAAGACAAACCUAUGCAUGAGCAAAAAUAGUUAUCCAUGCCCUAAAAUGGAGCUCCUCCUGACAUGGGUUGCUGAUUUUGAGCCAAACGCUAAAAGGCAAGAGCACUGCACUUCUCUGUGGCUUUGCCCAACACCCCCUCUCACAAUCACCUAAAUUGAUUGUCAGAUAUGCUGGCCCACUAAUUUAUUGUCUAGCUGGCUAGCCUUUUUGCUCUCUCCUCACUGGUUGUUUCUCACUUUUGGAGGGCAAAGGCCACUCUAGCCUGCAAACUCAGUGGCAUGGAGGCCUCCAAACCAAUGCUUUUAAAACCGAAAUAGUCCCAUCCAAUCCUGCUCUCCACUCAGGUUGAGACAUUUAGGAUAAGCCUCUUUGGAGGAUACCUGCACCUCCUCAGGCAGGUAUCUCAGAACACAGAAAACCACUUUAAACUAAGUCAGACCAUAGUCCAUCUAGCUCAGUAUUGUCUACACUGACUGGCAGUGGCUCUCCAAGAUUUCAGGCAGGAGUCUCUCCCAGCCCUAUCCAGAGAUGCAGGAGAUUGAACUUGGGAGCUGCUGCGUGCAAGGCAGAUACUCUAUCUCUGAACUAUGUCCUUCCUCUCUCUUCUUUAAGCCAACUUGCAUGCAUAGAGGAAAAAUCCUAGCAAAUAUGUAUUGAAAAUUCAGGUAUGUAGACCCUACAACUUCUAAAUUAUAAUCAUUUCCUCCCAGGAUUACUAUAGGGUCUCAGUGUGGUAAGAAUUAAGCUACCCUCAUCAAGGCUUGAGUACACAUUAUUCUUUGUAUAAUAAUAAAAUCUCUUAAUUUGAAU